AAAAUAAUAUACACCACGAAGAUAAGGAAACGAUUCCUCAAAACGUACCAGAAACAAAUACGCCAGAAGUUGAUGAAGAAAUUCAAUUUGCCUCAGAAGAUACGACAACUUCUACUACAACAACUACAACUUCAACAACAACAACCACAACAACAACAACUGAACCAACAACUACUACAACAUCUACAACGACAACGACAACAACUGAGAAACCGACUGAGAAAACGACGACGACCGAGAAACAAACUGAACCCCCAACACAACCUCCAACGCAACCGCCAACCACAAAACCGCCACCAACACAACCUCCCACACAUCCACCAACGCAACCACCGAAAGAGAAAUUUCGUACAACCACUGAGAAGCCCACAACGGAGAAACCAUUUAUUAACAAACCAGAAAAAGAUAAGGAAAAAGAUGCACAACUCAAUAAUAAAAAGGAUAAUCAAACCAAAGAUAAACAAAAAGUUGUAGAAGAAAAACCAAUCAAGAAUUCGAAGAAUCAAACCGCAGCGGAGCAUUUUAUACAAUCAUCUAUAUCGGACGUGAGUUCAACAACCAGCUCGUUACUUUCACCCACACCUACCGAAGGUCUCGUAAGUCAUGUUCCUGCAGUUAUAGAGCCGAGUAUUAAUGAAGACAUCAAAUCAUCCUCGAUCAAUUCACAACCGCUGCCAC